CAAGUGGGAGAGGGGCAGAGAGAGAGAAAGAGAGAGAGAAUCUUAAGCAGGCUCCACACUCAGCACAGAACCCAACAUGGGGCUCAAUCCCAUGACCCUGAGCUGAAAUCAAAAGUCGGACACUCAACUGACUGAGCCACCCAAGUAUCCAGUUAUUCUUCCUUUUAGAUUGCUUACUUGCUAUCCUGGUGGCAAAGCUUCUUUCACCUCAAGGAUCACAAAAUUAGCGGCCUCUGAAAAGCCCAAAGGAACCUUGGGAAGCCAUGACAAGGAAGUUACACAAGAUGAGAAAACUGGUCUCGAAGAGAUUAAGCAACUUGCUCAAGGUCAAACCAAUAGUUAGUCAGAGAGUGGAGAUGUAAACUCAGAUCAUCAGACUCAACUCAAAGCCAGGACUCUUAAUCACCACACCCCUCUCCUGCGGCGGCCCUUUCGGGGCACCUGGGAAGGAGUAGAGCAGCUUGUGAGGAGCUAGAUGCCCAUUCAGAGCAGCCGGAAUGGAACCAGGACAAGAUACCAAAGUAAAGAACUGCAGAGGCCUUCGAGCCCUUUAUGCACAUGUCUUCUCCCCCUCCCAUCGCUCAGAAGAAUGGGCCAGAGAGCCUAAAGAAAACAGUGCUGUAAACAGGACCAACUUUGAUCUUGACCAUCUUUUCUUUCAGGAGUCUGGGGACACGAUGUUAUCCGAAAUGAUGCUACCUGAAAAACAAGGUAAACAGGCACUGGAAAAUAAGGAACCGCCGGAAAACAAGGAACUGAUGGAAAAUAAGGAACCGCUGGAAAACAAGGAACCACCAGAAAAUAAGGAACUGCCAGAAAAUAAGGAACCUCCAGAAUAUAAACCACCGGAAAAUAAGGACCCACCAGAAAAUAAGCCACUGGAAAAUAAGGUGGAUACUCCUGCUAAUGAGAAGAGUGGCAAUUAUUAUAAAGAUAUAAAACAAUAUGUGUUCACAACGCAAAAUGUAAAUGGCAGCCAGUCUGAAAUAUCUGUGAGAGCAACAACCGAUUUGCAAUUUGCUCUAAGAAACUAUAAACUCAAUGAAACAACUACGUCAUUUCCUGGGAAAGCCACCAGUGAAGAACAUGCUACUGAACCCCCUCAAAAACAAUAUCGAAGACGAACCAACCGUCCAAAUGAGCCUGCAUUUUGGACAAUGUUAGCUAAAGCUUUAAAUGCAACACCAACAGCUGAGGAGCUUGAGGAAAAAGAUCAAUUAUUUCACCCAAUUCCACAAUCUGAUUUGAAUGCCAUAAAUGAAGAUAACAUGACACAGCUACAGGAAAUCAAGUUAAAAUUAAUGCUGGGCAUCUCGCUGAUGACCCUCUUCCUUUUUGUCAUCAUCUUGGCCAUCAGCAGUGCCUUGCUGUACAAGGUGAAGACAAUGAGUUAUAAAAGUCCAGUUCUAACCGAAUACUCCGUCAACCCAGAGCUGGCAACUCUGUCUUACUUCCACCCAUCAGAAGGUGUAUCAGACACAUCUUUUUCUAAGAGUGCUGACAGCAGCACAUUUUGGGGUACUACAUCUUCAGAAUUGAAAAAAGAAGACACAUUGUUAAAAUCUAGAACAACGGACAUGAUUUCCACAGCCUCAGAUGAUACAGGCAUGAAUGAUGAGUCAGAUUUAAUUCAGAGUGAGGAACCAAGUGAAGAAACUCCCACAGAUUGAAUAGACAUUAAGUUCGAGUCGGAAAGCAAUUUCUUUGGGACUCUCAUUAAGGUCAUGACUUGGAAACUCUGCUGAGGAAUUUAAGUUUUCUGAUGUCUGAAAAGGAGGACGUAUUCAAUAAAAUUAUCUCAGCCAUAAAAGUUUUAUAAUGGAAAAAAUACAAGAAAAUAAAUUAAGGUGUGGAAAACUCA